AUGCAGGUUAUCAAGGCCAGCACCAUCGAUGAAGCUAUCAGUCGAAUUCUCUCAGAACUGAAGGAGGACGAUGAUGACACUACCGGCAGUGUCUGGCACAAUGUCAUCUACUUUGAUGGCUGGGAUGGGCUGGGGGCAUCUGCCGUCCUCCGAGCCGUAGGCCAACGCCUCAGCGGUGGUCGGGAGUUCUCAGAGAUCAUCCACAUCGACUGCUCCAAGUGGGAGAGCAGGAGAGCGGUGCAGAGGGCUCUCGCGGUGCAGCUUCAGCUUCCCGCUCAUGUGAUAGGGAUGUUUGAGGCACAAGACGAGGAGGACGACUACCGGGGUGUGGGCCAGGGCUCACGCCUCGAGAUACCCAAGGUCUCCAGGGAGAUAUAUGAACACGUACAGAAGCAGCUGGGCCAAAGGUUCUUGGUGAUCUUCAACAACGGGAGCUGCGAUGAGAUCGAUCUUGAAAGCUUCGGGCUUCCCACUGUCCGGGUACUCAAGGAACAAGGCCCUGUGGUCAUUCCAAGGGGGAUUCCGGCUCUACCCCAGGAUGAAGGUGGGAAUAAUGAGAUUACUAUUCCGGGAUUUGUAUGUGAAGGCCCUAAGAUUCUGCACGUGCAUGAUAGCUUGUUCAUCACCCGAAUAGCUUGUUCAGAAUCAAAAUGGGAUAAGCUCGAGUGGUGCCGAGUCGAGCGGUGUCCCAAGUUGGAAUGUGUCUUUAACGACAGCAGCAGUGACCGUGAUGCCUUUGGCAAGCUGAGGACAAUCUGGGCGGCACAUCUCACCAAUGCACGAUACGUCAUGGACUUGGGGUUUGGUGAUGCACUCACGCUCUCCCUUGGAUCCGCGCGGUCUUUGAAAGAUUGGACCCUCGAGAUCAUGUAUUGUGGUGACCUCAAAAUGGUCUUCAAGACGGAUGGCUCACCUGGGUUACUAGAGGGGGUGCCGCGCUCGCUUCCCAAGCUGAAGCACCUCUGCCUUCACGAGCUCCCCAAGCUGUAUGAAAUAGUGACUUGGACAGGGCAUCUGGUGGCGAUCAGAUUAUAUGCGCCCAACCUCGAGACCGUCAAAAUCAGAGGCUGCUGGAGACUCACGAAACUGCCGAUUGUUGGCAGCAACAAGGUGGUGAGUUGCGACUGUGAGAAGGAAUGGUGGGACAAGCUGAGAUGGGACAAGGUGCAGGCCAGCAACUACAAGCCGAUCCACUCGCGGCAUUAUAAGGAGACCAUGAUCAGGGGCUCGCCACUCAGGUAA